AUGUCUGACAAUAAGAACUCUGAGGCCGAAGAUGUAUUUGAAUUUUUAGAUUCUUUACCUGAAGCCAAGAACGGCGGAAAAAUGGACAAAUCGGAUACUAAGAGUAGUCAAAAAGACUUUAAGGGAGAUUCUGAGUCUUCAACGGUAAAGACCGGAAAUGAAGGAAAGAAAGACAAUGAUGAUAUUUUUGAAUUUCUAGAAGAGUUAGAAAAGAGUAACUUGAGCCUAGCUGACAAAAAAAUGGAUGAGAAAAAAACUACAAGUCAACCAGCUAAUAAGAAUGCACAAGAUAAAGAGGCAGAGAAGCCAAAAGAAAACAAAAAAGUAGAACGGGAAGGUAAUGAAAAAGAGAAGGAAAAACAGGACGAGCAAAAAGAGAAGGAGGAGGAAGAAGAAGAAGAGGAAGAGGAAGAGGAAGAGGAAGAGGAAGAGGAGACGCCGUUACAUGACCCAAUUGCGUCCAUUUCAAACUGGUGGUCCUCUUCGGGAUCUGCCAAAGUAACGAGCAUUUGGAACAAAACUGCAGAGCAAGCUUCCCAGAUCAAAAAUCGACUUGCACAAGAACAGCUUGACUUGACUGCAAAGAUUAACACAAACACAAUUACUGAAAUUGCUAGAAACUUACAAAAAAUUGUUGUUGGUGAAACUGAAGAGGUGCUAAGGAUUCAUUUGGUGCAUGAUUUGGUUAACUAUCCAUCAUUACAGUAUAACAUUGAAAGCAAGUUCGAUCAAGUCCUGAGUUCACAAGUUGAAGGAGGAAUUAGAAUAUUUGUUGAUGAAUGGGGCCAUCCUAAUAAUAAUGGAAGUACCCCCAUCGAAGAAAAGGCUUCAGUUGUAGAUGGUGACGUUGAAAAUUCUAAGAAAAAAUUACAGUUUAAUCUUUUCGAUGGCAAGGUUACAGAUGGUGAGAAACUGGCAUUUGCUAAUUUGGAAAAUGCUGUCAAGCUAUUCAACACUGCUCACGAAGAGUAUCAGAAACAGCAGAAGGAGGCUGAUGUUACACCAGAAGAUGACAGGAGUUCUAUUAGCAGCAACAGCAAUAAAAUCAGUGAUUUGUUUAUAUCAAUCUUGCCAAUUGCCAUUCCGCAGAAACCACAAGACGUCGACGAUGACUUUCAAGUAACCGACUCUAAUACACCAGGUAAUUUUAAUUUCACCCUUGUAUUGAAGGAUAUUACUAACGACGUCACUACCAUAACAAGAUCACAGGGGUUUCCAGUCAAGUGGGUUAAUUGGCUAGAAGGAUCCAUUAAGAAACCAGAACCAAUAGGAAGGGAAGAUAUAGAAAAAAUUGACGACAACAAAAAAAGUGAAAAUGGAGAGGAAGAUGAAGACGAUGAGGUUAUUGAUCCUAGUGAGUGGGUAAAGGAAUGGAUCGAAGACGGAUUAAGUUUAUCAUUCGGGGUCAUGGCUCAAAAUUAUGUCAUUGAUCGUAUGGGUCUUUGA